AUGGUAUAUGUUCCUAAACAAUGGAAACGAACCCAAGUGAUCAUGAUAUUUAAACUAGGAAAACCACCAGAACAAGUAACUUCAUAUAGACCAAUUUCGUUUCAUCCCAGUAUCUUAAAAUUAUUCAAAAAGGUACUUCUAAAACGCUUAAAACCAUUGAUAGAAGAAAGACAGCUUAUACUGGAACAUCAGUUUGGAUUUCGAAAUAAACACUCAACAAUUGACCAGGUCCAUCGUGUCACCAACGUAAUAAGCAAAGCGCUUGACAAAGAAAUUAUUGCUGUGGAGUAUUCCUUGAUUGGCACAAGCUUUCGAUAA